AUGGCCCUCUCAUCCAGAGCCUUCAAACUCACAACCCCAGAUCCCUCUGGCCCCAUCCUCUCAAACAACUGGCAUCCAACCCUCAAUCCAUCCGGCUACGUCAACCUCGGCGUCGCAGAAAACUACCUCAUGCACAGCUCCCUCCAGGAGCACCUCCACGCCAACCUCAAAGUUCCCACCUCCGCCUUUACCUACGGCGACUUCUUCAAGCGCAGCCGAACCGCCAUUGCAAGCUUCCUCACCAAACAUCUCGAAGCAGUGCUUCCUAUAAAGCCCGAACAUGUUGCUGUUGCGAGUGGCUGUACUUCGGCGGUUGAGCAUAUGGCGUGGGCGUUUGCUGAUCCGGGAGACUUGAUUCUUCUCGGCCGGCCUUACUAUGGUGCCUUUCCCGGCGAUGCGACGCUUCGCACGGGGGCAAGGCUCGCGUUUGUCGAUUUCGGAGAAGAUGACCCCCUGGGAGUGAAUUGCGUCAAGAAAUACGAGGAGAGGCUCCUCGAGGCACGAGCAAACGGCGAAAAGGUCACCGCUCUCCUCCUGUGCCAUCCGCACAACCCUCUUGGAAGAUGCUACUCUCGAGACGUCCUCGUGGAUCUACUCAAGUUCUGUAACAAAUAUAAGCUUCACCUCAUCAGCGAUGAAAUCUACGCCCUCUCGAUAUUCGAAAACAAAAUCGACACGAAUCCCCCUCCGGCACCAUUCUACUCUGUCCUAUCUAUUGAUCCCACGGGACUGAUAGACCCAGCUUAUGUGCAUGUUCUCUGGGGCAUGUCCAAGGAUUUCGGCGCAAACGGUUUACGAUUAGGUGCCAUCAUUUCUCAGCACAACGUAGAUUUGAUGACGGCGUUGGGUCCCGCCGUGCUGCUCUCCUCGGUGUCUUCCCUGUCAGAACAUGUGUUUGCGAAUGCACUUGAAGACGACGUCUGGGUCGAAAACUACAUCAAAGAGAACCAACGAAAACUCGCCUCCUACUACGAAUACAUUGUGAACUGGGCCAAAGCCAACGACAUCGUCUACGCCACCGGCGCCAACGCCGGCUUCUUCAUCUGGGCCGACCUAGGCAGAACAUAUCUCAAGCAUCAGGACGCCAAACCCGAAGAUCUCGACCAGGUUGUCAUGGAUGCCCUGCUGAAACACAAAGUAUUUCUCGCGUCGGGCGUGCGCUUCGGAUCAGAGAAGCCGGGCUGGUUCCGCAUUGUCUUCUCGCAUGAUAUGGAGUAUUUGAACGAGGGCCUUGGGCGGAUCGUCGCUGCAUUGACGACGCCUGGGCCUUCGAGGGACAUGUCGAACUUGUCGAUAGAUUUGGAUGUUGCUUUUUGA